UUGAGAGUAUAACAAUAUCACCGUGGAAUUUCCGUCCUCCACUAUCCAUUGUAAUCGUAAAGAUAAAGCGUAACACCCGAGGACAUCGCGUAAUCGUCAUUGCGUUAAAAAAUUUAAUCGCCAACGAUAAUAGAACAAGUAAUUUGCAUUAAUCGAGACGAUAAGCCCAAUUCCAGUAAAACACCGAUCUACGCAGUUGAAUAAUAAUUCCAAACUACAAGAGAAAUGCAGUACAAUGAGUCCGAGGGUACAGUACGGAUGUACCUCAGAGGAAGACCUGUAGUGCUGUACGUGCCAACACCUGUAGCUGACACCUAUGAUCCGCACAAGGUUAAUACACCGCCCCAAAGUAAACUAAAAUUAGAUUGGGUUUAUGGAUACAGAGGUAGAGACUGCAGGAGUAAUCUACAUCUUUUGCCAACUGGUGAAAUUGUUUAUUUCGUUGCUGCUGUUGUGGUGCUUUACAAUAUGGAGGAGCACAGUCAAAGGCACUACCUGGGGCACACCGAUGAUGUCAAAUGCAUGGCCAUUCAUCCGAAUAAGAUGGUCGUUGCCACUGGCCAAGUUGCAGGGACUGACAGGAGAGAAGCUAUGCCCCACAUACGAAUAUGGAAUGCUGUGAGUCUGGCAACCCUAACUGUGAUCGGAAGUGGUGAAUUCGACGGUUCAAUCUGCUGCUUGUCCUUCUCAAAAGCCGAUGGUGGUAGUUACCUCUGCGCAAUUGACGAGACAUCUGAUCACAAUAUCUCGAUUUGGGAUUGGCAAAAAGGAGAACGCGGUACAAAAAUCACCGAGACCAAGUGUUCAGUGGAUACGGUCGUGUGCGCUGAAUGGCAUCCUCUGGAACGCAACCAGAUAGUCUCCUGUGGCAAGGGACAUGUGUCGUUUUGGUCUCUGGACAAUGGUGGAAUGUUGUACAAGAGGAUGGGGGUAUUCGAGAGCAGGGAGAAACCGAGAUAUGUUACUUGCGUUGCGUUCAAUCAGAAUGGGGAUACACUUACGGGUGAUAGCAAUGGGAAUAUCAUCGUCUGGGCGAGAGGUACAAAUACGAUAUCACGACUAGUUCGGAAUCUCCACGAAGGAUCAAUCUUCUCCAUUUGCGUUCUUAAGAAUGGAAAUGUUGUGACUGGAGGUGGUAAAGAUGGGAGAAUCCUCUACUUUGAUGGUUCCCUGAAUUCCACUGGGGAUGGAGCGCAAAUUGAGGAUCACUUCGGUGGAAUUCGAACGGUCUCGGAGGGUAGAGGAUCCCAAUUGUUGAUUGGUACGACUAGGAAUUGCAUUCUCGUUGGGGACAUCGAGAUGGGAUUCUGUCCAGCUAUGCUAGGACACACUGAAGAAGUCUGGGGACUUGCUGCCCAUCCGACUCUUCCUCAAUUCGCUACUUCGGGUCAUGAUAGACUCCUGCAGAUGUGGGAUAGUCUCAGCCAUUCGGUUGUUUGGAGUAAAGACAUUGGGGAACAAGCCCAGAGCGUUUGCUUUUCACCUGAUGGUGGAGUUAUGGUCGUGGGAUGUGUCUCGGGGAAAUGGCUCGUGAUUGACAGCGAAUCUAGGGAAUUCUAUACUCAACAUACCGAUGGCUCUGAAGCUAUUCAGGUUGUUAGAUUCUCUCCUGAUGGAACAUUACUCGCCCUGGGCUCGAGGGACAAUCACAUUUACAUUUAUCAAGUGAAUGAGGAUGCCAGGAAGUACAGUCGCGUUGGGAGGUGCAUGGGACAUUCCAGUUUCAUCACACAUCUAGAUUGGUCUGUGGAUGGCCAGUACUUGAGGAGCAAUAGUGGGGAUUAUGAAUUAUUAUACUGGAAUGCAGGGGUUUGCAGACAAAUUCCUCAAUCAUCAACUCUUAGGGACGUCGACUGGACAACUCACACUUGUGUUAUAUCAUUCGAGACCAUCGGUAUAUGGCCAGAAGGGGCUGAUGGUACCGACGUCAAUAACUGCGCUAGGAGUGGAGAUGGAAAGCUCUUAGCGACUGGAGAUGAUUUCGGAAAAGUCAGGCUUUUCAGUCAUCCCGUUUGCCAACCGAAGUCAUUAUCACACGCCUACGGCGGCCACUCGAGUCAUGUGACCAACGUAUCAUUCCUUCAAGACGAUACACGCCUGGUAUCAGCUGGUGGUGCUGAUACCAGUGUUCUCCAAUGGAUCGUCAAUUAAAUUUUCUAAAAAUAAACACCACGACGCUAAAACAGCGAUUGAAGUAGAUAAUCAUAAGAUUGGGCAGAAGUGAACAAAAGUCCGAGAAUUUUUCAUUCACUCUUCUGGCAAAAAAUAUCAAAAACAUUGAGAGGAAUGAGAUAAAAAUUAUGAAAAUGCAACUGAAAGAUUACUAUUGCAAUGCACGAUACCGUCCAUGUGAAAGUGCGAAUUUAAAACAAUGUCAAUUUAUUUUCUACGUACUUACAUAUUCUCGUGGAUUAUCCAUUCUGCAAACCAGGUGAACAGAAUAUUCAUAUUUCCGUCACAAUUAUUUCUACGAUAUUUUGCGCAAAUUAAUAAUUAAGUAGAUUAUACUUAAGUGUGCUUUGUAUGAGAUAAUUAUUUGAUAAUAAUUUUCAUGAAGAGUGUCUUUUUUUCACGUACACAGAUGUAAAUAAUUCAAUGAUGAUAUUUUUAAUGUUAUCAUUAACUGAUUCCUACGUCAUAAUAUUAUCUAUUUUCUACAUAAUCUUGUUCUGUAUUUUUUUUUCUUUUCGGUAUUAAAGUGCUCUACCAAAGUUCAAUCGAACAGUCCACGAUAUUUUUUUUUUCUCAAACUCUAUCGCCGUGGAAGAUAACGGAAAGUAUGAGGAUACCUUUAGAUUUUUAACGUGUUUUAUUUAUCUCUGGGUUAUGACAGAUUUGAAAGAUUAAUUCAGUGAUGAAGUGGAUUUUAUGGGUUUCUACGUUAACGGGGGAUGAGGGAAGUGUAAUUAAAGUCUCGGGGUAAUCUUUAUCAGGAUAAAUUUUUAUUGCAAUUACAAAUCCAUAAAUAAUUACAGAAUAAUUGUUAAAUUUGUCUCGUCACGAUUCCCCACUUUGUCAUUGAAUUAGAAUUUGCUGUAAAGAAAUGUGUAAUAAAGAUGAAAAUGGGAAAUUGCGAGUGAAAUGAUGUAAGAAUCGUAAGGAAAUAAUGAGAUGUGAUGUAUAAGAUA